AAAUGUGGGGGCAGUAGUCCUAUAAACGGCCCAACCCACCUCAAGAUGCGUCAUUGGGGGCAGUAACUGGUUUCCGAAACUCUUCUAUUCGGAAACGUGACACAGCUGCCGCGAUGAGGUUUUACCAAGCAGCCAUUCUGGGCGCAGCGCUCGCCCCUGGGGCUUUGGGCCACCAAAUACACGGAAUUCUCCUCGUCAACGGCACCGAAACUCCAGAAUGGAAAUACGUCCGGGACGUGGGUUACCACUAUGCGUACGCCCCUGGCUCCUAUCCCCCGGAGAUCGAGUUCCCCAAAACGCCGCCACAGAUGGACAUCAACCACCCGGACAUCACCUGCGGCCGGAGUGCUUUCGAUGCGGCCGCCAAGACCGAGACGGCCGACGUGUUAGCCGGUUCCGAAGUCGGGUUCCGCGUCUCGUAUGACGGCGACGGAAAAUACGGCGUGUUCUGGCACCCGGGCCCUGCUCAAAUCUAUCUCUCCCAACCUCCUAACGGCGAACUCGAGACUUACCAGGGUGAUGGGGACUGGUUCAAGAUUGCCUAUGGUGGUCCGGUCGCGAACGAUGAGUGGAUGUUGUGGGGGGCACCCGAGUUUAACUUCACCAUUCCAGAGACCACGCCACCGGGAAAAUACUUGAUGCGCAUCGAACAGUUUAUGCCCACCAAGAAUUCGAACUACAGCCAGUGGUAUGUUAACUGUGCGCAUGUGAACAUCAUCGGGCCUGGUGGAGGAACUCCCACAGGGUUCGCCAAAUUCCCCGGCACGUAUAUCGUCGAUGAACCAGGCCUCAAGAUCCCGGAGAAUCAGAUGGUCAACGGGGGAUAUGUACCGGACGAGGAAUUGAGAUUGCUCGAGUAUCAGGCCCCGGGACCGGCUGUUUGGACCGGUUGAGCAGAACCGAUAGUGUGUUCGUCCCACGCGUCUGCCGAAAUGAUGGGAAGACUCUCGCGGUGAAAUCUACGGUAAGUGAUAGGAUAAAUGACACGAAUAUACAGAAGAUGGGUGUUUCGAUGGUAGCAUAUGGGAGGAAUAACAUGAUUCACGAAA